UGGCUGGAUCCGUGCCAUCAAUCUAUUGCAGAAUCACAGACACAGGAGCCAAGCAAAGCAUGAUCACAAACUUGCUGCUCUGUAAAGCGGCACAGAGCACUGGGAAGCAGCAGCAGCAGCUCCGGCCAGACAUCUUCGCCAGCAGCACCGGGGAGAGCAGAGGAGUCUGUGGAUUUAACCUUGUUACAGGAGCAGCGGAGCCGGGACCCGGCUGUAUAGAUACCGCGGCCGCCGCAGUGACACUUCCAUGAUCCCUUCCAGAUAGGGGCUGGAGAAAGGCUGAGAAGAGCCAUUAUGGAUCCGAAGAGAUAUCCAAUGAUGUGACCAAAGGCUGAUUCAUCAUAUUAUCCUCUGUCCUCUCAUCUCUGGAUUAAGAAAGUUCAAGAUUGUAAUUCAGAAUGUCUGGAUCUACUCAGCCAGCCACUCAAAGCAGGAGGGCUGCAGAAGCCCGUUACACUCCACAUGCUAUACCAUACCCAAUACAGUUACCCCGUGCGCACAUGGAUGCCAAUCUUCUAGACUAUCAGCACCAUGCAAGAGAUUACAGCUCGCAUCUAGCUCAUAGUUCUAUUCUUCUUCCACAGAGGAGGCGACCAUCUUUGCUAACAAAAUUCCAGCCCAGCAAUGAAAGGUCACAGGAAAUGCAUGGGAGAGGAGACCCACAUGCCUACAUGUCUGAUAUGAGCAAGCAAGCAGAUCUAGACAUUGCAGACACAAAGCGGCCUAGGCUGGAACUGAUUCAAGAGCCACUACUCCGAUACUCGCCACUUAUCAACCAGGGCCAACAUGGAACCAGUGAUGAGCUGGGCAAGGAUCGCUGCAUGACUGGGAAAAUAGAGCCUGUAUCGCCCUCAAGUCCUCCCCACGCUGAAGGAGACCUGGACCUGCUGCCUACUAGGCUUUCUAAGGAGGAGCUGAUCCAGAACAUGGACAGGGUGGACCGUGAAAUUACCAUGGUAGAGCAGCAAAUAACCAAGUUGAAGAAGAAACAGCAACAAUUAGAAGAAGAAGCAGCCAAACCGUUAGAGCCUGAGAAGCCCAUCUCUCCUCCACCAACCGAGUCAAAGCACCGAAGCCUGGUCCAGAUUAUAUAUGAUGAGAAUCGGAAAAAAGCAGAAGCCGCUCAUCGGAUUCUGGAAGGCCUGGGACCUCAUGUCGAACUGCCAUUGUACAAUCAGCCAUCAGACACCAAGCAAUAUCAUGAAAAUAUAAAAAUAAACCAGACGAUGCGCAAGAAGCUCAUACUGUAUUUUAAAAGAAGGAAUCACGCCCGUAAGCAGUGGGAACAAAAACUCUGCCAGCGGUAUGACCAGCUGAUGGAGGCCUGGGAGAAAAAGGUGGAACGGAUUGAAAAUAAUCCGCGCAGAAGAGCAAAAGAGAGUAAGGUCAGAGAAUACUAUGAAAAGCAGUUUCCUGAGAUCCGCAAGCAGAGGGAGCUCCAGGAACGCAUGCAAAGCAGGGUAGGACAGAGGGGAAGCAGUCUGUCCUUAUCUGCUGCACGCAGUGAGCAUGAAGUGUCAGAAAUUAUUGACGGCCUCUCAGAGCAGGAGCCAGCGGUUAGAGACGUUAUGAUGGUUGGUGAGUCCUCGCUACAGAAUGCUGAGACUAAACAGAACAUGGAAAAACAGAUGCGUCAGCUGGCAGUCAUACCCCCUAUGCUGUUUGAUGCAGAGCAGCAGCGUAUCAAGUUCAUCAACAUGAAUGGCCUGAUGGAUGACCCCAUGAAGGUGUAUAAGGAACGGCAGGUCAUGAACAUGUGGAGUGAACAGGAGAAGGACACCUUUAGGGAUAAAUUUAUCCAGCAACCAAAGAACUUUGUGUUCAUUGCUUCAUUUUUGGAGAGAAAGACGGUGUCAGAUUGUGUUCUUUUCUAUUACCUAACCAAAAAGAAUGAGAACUACAAAAGUCUUGUGAGAAGAAAUUAUCGUCGCAAAGGAAAAAAUCAGCAGAUGACCCGAAGUACCCAGGAAGAGAAAGAUGAAAAAGAGAAGGAGGUUGAUAAAGAAGAAUUUAAGCAAGAUGUGGAAAAUGACAAAGAAGAGCUUGGGAAGGAGAAAACUGAGGACACUUCUGGUGAAGAGAAUGAUGACAAAGAAACGGUGACAUCGAAAGGAAGAAAAACAGCCAACAGCCAAGGCCGCCGCAAAGGACGGAUAACACGGUCUAUGGCAAAUGAGGCCAAUGAAGAGGCUUCUGCACCUCAACAGAAUGCAGAUUUAGCUGCCAUGGAAAUGAAUGAAAGUUCACGUUGGACAGAAGAGGAAAUGGAAACCGCCAAGAAAGGUCUGUUUGAAUAUGGCCGCAAUUGGUCUGCCAUUGCGAGAAUGGUGGGCUCCAAAACAGUGUCCCAGUGCAAGAACUUCUACUUCAACUACAAGAAGAGGCAGAACUUAGAUGGCAUCUUACAGCAGCACAAACUGAAGAUGGAAAAAGAGCGCAACAGCAGGCGCAAGAAAAAAAAAGCUGCGCAAAUGGAGGAAGAAAUCUCAUACACCCCUGCCAAUGAGGAGGAUGAAAUGGAGGCAUCUGGGAUUAGUGGUAAUGAAGAGGAAAUGGCAGAGGAAGGGGACAAUGCCAUUAACAACAGUUCUGACACAGAGAGUGUUCCUUCACCAAGACAGGAAGCCAAAGUUAGCAAAGAGGAGUCCAAGCCAGUGAUAGAGACUAACGCGGAAACAGACAGCGCAGUGCCAGACAAUCCUGGUAACUCUACCACUCUGCAUUCUCAGGAACUUAGUGAAAGGACUAGUAAUGGUAAGGAAUCCAAAGAAGAACCAGAGCCCAGUAUGCUUAAAAAGGAGGAGGAAGAUGAAGGAAGUGCCUGUGAGGAGCCAACCAAAAGUGAAAUAAAGCAGGAGGAACCAGAAGACUGGAAAGAUAGUGUUGCUGAUAAAGCAGAAGAGUUGCAGAAAGCAGCAGCAGAAGUGCCACAGAAAGUGGAAAAAAAGCACAGCAAACAUGGGGGGAAGACAAAUGCAGACAGUGACUCUAGUGCCACCUGCAGUGCAGAUGAGGCUGAAGAGCAGGAACCCACUGAUAAGAACAGGCUGCUGUCUCCCCGGCCCAGUCUGCUAAGCACUGGUAGCGACACGCGUGUGAACUCUUUGCCUCAGAAACCACUGGACCUGAAACAACUGAAGCAGAGAGCAGCUGCCAUUCCACCCAUAAUUUCAGAAGGCUUCUUAGAGUCUGUUCCUCAGAGCGUUCCAGUGAAAACACAUCACGCUUUGGCCCUUUACCAAGAGGAGAUCACCAAGGCUCAUGAGUCGACCCUGGAUGGACAAGCACCCACUAAGCAACCUCCGUCUCAUGACAGGGAGCAGCAGACAAUCAGUAGCCCAAAAGGGAAAGUUGCAGAUAAAGAUGAUAAGGCUGCUUAUAUGGCGUUACCGGUAGAGGCUCAGAUGUUAAAUGCAGAGCAGACAUGUACCCCAUCUUGGCCCCAUACUGAACUGUAUAAAGUGCCUGUCAGAGAAGUAUUAAAACUGCUUCCUCAGCAGGAACCAGCAACCUCGUAUAACCCUCAAGGACCUUCAAUGCCAUUAAACAUUCAUGAUGGUUCGCGUCCAUUGGCUCCUCGUAUUAACAACAUAUCAAACCCGCCUCCUCUCAUCUCCUCUAGUAAACACACAGCUACCAUGGAAAGACCCCUGUACUCUAUGUCUCAGGGUGACCUGAAUCCAUUUCAUUCUCAGUACAGCUCUGAACAUGCAAAAGCCCCUGUUGGUUCCAUCACGAUGGGUUUACCACUGGGUUUUGAUCCUAAAAAACUGGGUGAGGAGCUGCCUUUAGUUGCUGUUAAACAGGAGCAGCUAUCUCCUAGGAGCCAACCAAGCCAGCCUGAGAACCUAGUGAUGCAGACACCUCAAGAGAGCUCCGUAUUUAGGGGCAACGCUCAAGGGGGAAGUCUCAUUAAAGGUUUGCCCAGCAGUCGACCUUCCCCAGAUCCCCAAAUAACGUACAGAGGGUCCAUAACACAUGGCACUCCAGCAGAAGUACUUUACAAAGGAACCAUUUCGAAGAUCAUGGGAGAAAGCAGCCCAGGCAGGGUAGACAGAAUGCGGGAGGAACCGCUGUCCAAAGGUCAGGUCAUUUAUAAAGGCAAGAAAGGCCACAUCCUGUCCCUCGAUGGUAGUUCAACAACUCAAACCUCCAAAGAGGACAAUCGGUCUGUUGGUUCCUCUCAAGAGGCAAGCGCUCCUAAACGCACUUAUGACAUGAUGGAGGGACAAAUCCCUAGAGGAUUACAAGUUCGGGAGUUGCCAUCUUGCCCUAUAGAAGGUUUAAUGGGAAGAGCAAUCCCUUGUGACAGACACAGUCCACACAGCAUCAAGGAACUGCCACAGCAUAUCCGAGGCUCCAUAACACAGGGGAUCCCUCGCUCUUACAUUGAGGCUCAAGAAGACUACCUCAGAAGAGAAGCUAAGCAGCUAAAAAGAGAAAGCACUCCUCCACGAAGCCUGCCUGAUGCCUACAAAGUCAGAGCACAUGAAGGCCUUUCAGGCCCACUCAAGAUGAAGACCCAUGAGGACAUGGUGGCCACAGUGAAGGAAGCUGGGAGAUCUGUCCAUGAAAUCCCUAGAGAAGAAAUGAGACAGAGCUCUGAGAUUCAAGUUAAUCCACGGCCUCAUAAAGAAGGUUCAAUUUCACAGGGUACACCUUUGAAGUAUGACAGCAGUUCUUCUGUGAGUUCCAAGAAGCAUGAUGUACGAUCCAUAAUUGGAAGUACGGGUAGACCUUACCACCCUUUGCACCCAAUGGAGGUCUUGCAAGACCCCAGGACUAUGGAACGAGUGUAUGAUGAGAUGUUGCUGAAAAGUAGAUCUAGCUCCAGCUCAAUACCGAGGGGAUCUCCUGUAAUUAUGCCAGACCCUGGAAAACCCAGACAUAGUCCACUCUCAUAUGAAGAUCAUCAGUUGCAACAUGCGGCAUCAUACAGCAGCCAUUUGAAUAGAGGAUCUCCUGUGACUACAAGGGAGUCUGCACAGAGACCACAUGAAGGAGGCAUAAGUUCUGGGAAACCUGUGACUCAGGAAAGGAAGAGCACCCCUAAUCCAAGAGAAAUGUCAAGUUCCAAGUCGCCUCAUACCACAGUCCCUGAACAUAUGCAUGCAAUGUCCACCUACGAGCACUUGCUACGUGGCGUCAGCCAGGCUGAUCUCUAUAGAGGUCACAUCCCCUUAGCCUUUGACCCUGCAGCCUUAACCAGAGGGAUCCCAUUGGAAGCAGCUGCCUAUUACUUACCCAGGCACCUGGCCCCAAAUCCAGCUUACCCCCACCUCUACCCACCAUACCUUAUUCGUGGAUACCCUGAUACCGCUGCCAUGGAGAACCGCCAGACAAUCAUCAAUGAUUACAUCACUUCUCAGCACAUGCACCAUAAUCCAACGACUGCCAUGGCGCAGAGGGCUGACAUGUUGCGAGGGCUGCAACCGAGGGACCCCACAAUGGCUCUCAACUACACAGCAGGUCCUCGAAGAAUCAUAGACUUAUCUCAAGUGCCACACCUGCCCGUCCUCAUACCUCAGUCUGCAGGCCCCCCUGCUGCCACCAUGGACCGAAUAACCUACAUUUCCGGAGGGCCCCAAACAUUCAGCAACCGACUAAGUAGCUCGCCACUCUCCCCAGCAACAACCACACACAUGACCAAGCAAACCUCAUCAACCUCAGAGCGCGAGCGAGAGAGGGAAAAGUCAGUGCUUACAACAACGGUGGAGCAUGCUCCAAUAUGGAGACCAGGCACAGAGCAAAGCAGUGGGCGCUUGUCGGCACAAAGUCACAGCCACCAACACUCCCCAGUGUCCCCACGAACAAAUGAAAAUAUCCAGCAGCGUCCCAGCGUUCUUCAAAACACUGGCAUGAAAAAUCUCAUGACAAGCACAGAGAGCAUCACUCCCUCCGUAUUACGAACGUCCACCAGUUCCUCACCCAUACGAUCCUCAGCACUGAUGUCCACCACCUCGCACCGCUUAGCAAAUGAAAGAGAAAUCUUCCACUCUGCUGAAAAUUCCAUGGUACAGAAGGAUAUUGCAAGGUCACGAGAAUCCAAAAUUGAACGCUCAAGGACAGAAAACAUUUACAACUCAAAGCUGCCACCUGCAACUGUUGAGCAGAUGUCACCCAUUAACAAUAUGGAAUCCCGGCCUCACCCCUCAGCUGUGGCCAGUACAGCUCACCAGUAUAACAACGGACAGGGGAAAAAUCAACCGCAUCAGCCCCUGGACCAGAUUGCAGUGCCAGCCAGUGAGCAGCAUAAUAGGGACAAGACCCCAAAUAAACCCUUUUCCAUGCAGGAACAGGAGCUCCGAUCACUCGGUAAGACCACCUUGACUGCGGCCAACUUCAUAGACGCCAUUAUCAUGCGUCAAAUUUCUUGUGAUAGCGGGAAGCGAGAAAGAGCCUUGCUAAAUACCAACACCAGUAGUGAUGGAUUUCCCACUGGGUACAGCCCUGACAGACAUGGUGCAGUUAGCCCUAUGACUUCUCAACGCCUGUCUCACGAGAAGCAGAGCCGGGUACCUAUGCAGGACUCUGAGAUUGCACGGCUGGAGCAUGAAUCGCGACACAAACAAGUGCCUGUGAAACAUAUAUCAGAAGGACAUCUGCGGCAGAAAACAGAUGGCCAACAGUCCCCAUGUCACACGCAACAGGCUGGGUCACACGUGAAAAAUCAACGUGUAGUAACCUUGGCUCAACAUAUCAGUGAGGUUAUUACACAGGAUUAUACACGGCACCAUCCACAGCAGUUGCAUCCACAAAUCCCACCACAAAUUUAUUAUGCUGGCUGCCCAGUAUUAGACCUAAGGCAGAACCCCAGCGAUACCGUCCAUCAGCAACAGGAACUGAGUCAGGCAGCAAGGAUAUCUCCUGGGAGCAAUGGAGAGAAAAGAUCACCAGAUCAAAACAAAGCAUCUACGUUGAGUGGAUCAGAAGAUGGUGUCGACCCCAUUUCUCCACCGGAGGGCAUGGGACACCAAGAGUAUACUAGGAGUGCCACAUACACAACUUUAUAUAGAGAGGGAGAGCAAACAGAACCAAGAAUGGGUUCGAAAUCCCCAGGGAACAACGCUCAACCCCCAGCGUUCUUCAGUAAGCUGACUGAGAGCACCUCUGCUAUGGUUAAAUCCAAGAAACAGGAGAUCAUUAAAAAGCUUAGUACAACCAACAGGAAUGAGCCAGAGUAUAAUAUUGGACAGCCGGGAACAGAGAUAUUUAACAUGCCAGCCAUUACAGGAUCAGGACCAAUUGGUUGCAGAACGCAAGCUGUGCAGGAGAGCUCCAGCAGUAACAUAGGGUUGGAGGCCAUAAUUAGGAAGGCCCUAAUGGGUAAAUAUGAUGAGCAGUGGGAAGACCGCUCAGCACUCAAUACCAAUGCUUUUAACCCUUUGAAUGCCAACGCAAGCCUGCCCUCUGCUAUACCUAUAACAGCUGCUGAUGGACGGAAUGACGACAUGCGGUCCUUGCCAGGUAGUGGAGGGAAACCCAAGAUGUCCAGACCAAGUAGCCGGAAGUCAAAGUCCCCUGCACCAGGACAGCCUACUGGAGAGAGGCCUCCCUCUGCUUCAUCUGUACACUCAGAGGGUGACUGCAACCGGAAAACCCCCUUAACAAACAGAGUGUGGGAGGAGAGGCCAUCCUCUACAGGGUCAACGCCAUUUCCAUACAAUCCAUUAACAAUCAGACUUCCUACCAACCUUGUUGCUGCUCCACCCUCAACAAGCAUUCCUCAGAGCAACUCUACCACCCCACAGAGAGCUCGGGAUGAGGAGCCAAAACCACUGCUUUGCUCCCAGUAUGAAACUCUCUCUGACAGCGAGUGACAACAUCUUUGUGGCCAGCCUGUCAAUACUGGACCUUUGACCUUGAAAGACUCCCCACAGCCAAUCUGAAUGCUCAGAAGCAGCCAAUGUGGUAUCGUGACUGGAAAACUGGGAUUUAAAAAAAGAAGAAAAAAAAGUCUGUAGUAUGAAAAGCCUUAAAAUGACUCCCUAAUCUUCAAAUGAGGGACCAAUUUUUAUUUGGUUUCUGGACACGACUGCUCACAAAUGAGUAGAGUCCCAGACCUCGUAGAAGAUUGGAUUUUUUUCAGCUCUUUACUCAGGGGAUAUUUCCACCUGGUGCUUUGCUAUAUUGCAUUGGUUUGUUAACAAAGCUGACUUGUAAACGUGAUGACGUAUGUCUGUGUACAUUGUAUAUGUAUGUACAUGUGUUCAUAUGCACUUAAGAUAUAUACACAUUCCAAUUUAUUGCACACAGACCUAGCAGUGCAGAGCAGCUGCUUGCAUGGCCAUUGCAGGACUGUUACCAGUUUGGUUAGGAUCCUACCAAAGGCUCCCUUACCAUGUGUUUCUCCUUGACGCAACAGUGACAACGCUGACGGCACUUGAUAUGUUUUCCCCGGCCUUCACCUCUACUUACGGAAUGUUCUGCUGAAGGAUUAGUAGUAGUAAAGAGACAACCUUUUGUGCAAACACUGCAUGUUCUCUCCAUCUUUGCUGGCGCACCCUCACUGUACAUAGCGUGGCUAGGAUCUAAGCAGCCUCACUUGUAGGUUGCUCAUUGGCACUCAGUCCUAAUGAUGCUGACAUUUCCCUUGUCUUAUUUUUCUACUUUUUUUUUUUCUACUGCCAGUGGGCAAUUGACAAAUAAAGAACAUAAAGGAUGCAAAAGAUGAAAUCGGUCACCUGUUAAAGAUAAAACUUACUGUUGUGAUUAUAUUAUUGAUUGACAGGCAGAGCUUUGGGCUGAAGAGCAAACUCUUUUAAUGUACUUGCUUUGCCUGGGAGAGCUCGGUAAAGGUAUCUAUUAUCAGGCGAUAAACAGGGUAUGCUCUUUUUAGCAUGUUUUCAAAUAUACAGUUGCUAAUCCCAUUAGAUAAAGGGGUAAGAAAAAAAACACACGUUCUAAGUGCUUUUCUUUUUUUCCCACCAUGACAACAGAUGAGGCUUGUGCGACAACAUAUAGUCCCGCGCAUGAUGCCUUAUUGCUUCAGAGUGUUCCAAGAACAUCAUAUUGUCCCUAAAACUGAAAUGAGCAUGAAAAUUGCUGCGACCCUGUUAUUUAGUAUAACAGUAGCCAUCCUUUUUGUUUUUGUCUUGACCUGUGUGUAUUUGUCUAUAUACUUGUUUCGUUAACCCCAGGUCAUAUAUACACACUUACACACAUGGCAUAGAGGCUUAACCUACAACUUAUUCUUACCACUUGCCACCUUUGUAUUAAUCCAAUAGGAAGCUGGUACAUCAUCUGUUGAUGUGACUUGAAAUUGACUCUCCAAACCAUAGUUUUGGGUGUUAUUUUAUUUUCUGUAAAGCGAACAUGUCAUGUAUAAUAAAUUGUUUUUGUUUCUUUUCUUUUUUUUUUUUUAUACAGGGAAUGAUAUAGUAACUAUAUAUUGUGAAAAUGACAAAUAAAUUAAAGUAUUACCUUU